CUUCCCGUUGAGCUACUGAGGUACACUAAUUAGAAUGGAGGUAAAACCCACUUCCAGUCCCUUGACUGGUCGACUCGGUCGAGACAAAAUGAUUGACAAUUGAACACCGUCUCCACUUUUCCGACAUUUAGCUCGACAUGAUCAGUCGACAGGGGUUGAGGGGGCCCCGUUCGGAUGUGGUUCGAAGGAGGAAUCGGAUCAAGCAGAUCUCCAUCCGUUUUCAAAAGAGAAAGAGAGAGAGAGAGAGCGGAGGAGGGGGAGAAAGCAAUAUGCCGAACGGGAAGCCUACUCUACAGUAAUUUGUUUUUAUGGCACCAACAUCCUCUUUCAUCUAUUUGGCUGAGGUGAUUUAUAGGCUGUUACUAUCCCAAUAGGAAGAAUGCUGCCAAAUUGGAAGAAGUUGGAUCUACUGCAUCCGGUCAAUGCGAACGGAGGGAGAAAGAAAAACAAUGAACGACCUGAACGAAUUAAAUGGAUGAAUGAAGAAAUGGGUCAUACCUUAUCCCAAGCUUGGUACAACUUUGGCCUGCAGUGGUCGAGUCGAGUCUUCAUCGAAAGACGGAGAGCCGCGACACGGGGAAAUACCGAGGGACUUUCCACCGGCCGAUACUUUUUCUUUUUUUCUUACCGAUCAGAGAGUGACUUGCGGCUGGAACGGAGGAGAGCUGUACGAUAAAAGUACCGCGCAGAAGUAACCAAACCGAAUGCACAGGGAAGUAAGAGGGGACGCAGAGGUAAUCUAUCUGCGAACCAUGGCCACCGUAAACCAUGGAGGAUCACACUUUCCAAUCAACCCGUUCAAUUCAACUUGCAAGUUUCUUUUUAGCUCCUCCACUUCCGAUGAUCUCCAAAUGAUUUCCACCCAUGGAGAUCGCCUUGACUCUCGACAGUACUUAGUCCAUACCCGGUUUCAACUUUCAAAUCAGAAGGUCCCUCCCUCCGAAAAAGCAUCAGUCCAUCUUUUCUCGGGGCCCCCCUCUCCCCCUCCCCUCCUCUCUCUCUCCAAUUGUUUGUUCAAUCCUGUCCUGUUAUUGGGCACAAGUGUAACCCACAGAAAGACUUUGUCCUACUCGCCCAGCCAUGCCCAGUGCACGCCCAGUGCCCCGUCAACUCAUCCACUCCAGCUCCAGCCUCCAUCCUUCCUUUUCCCCAUAUGGACAGGGGCGAACCCGCCUUGUCGGAACGAGCGAUCCGGUACAGUGGAAAUGUUACGCAACUUACGCCGCAUACGCAGCGGGCGGGUCAUUAACCAGCCCGUAAUUUCGCCCUUCCCGGCUGAGGGGACCACUUAGAAAUCUGGGAUGCAAAAGUUGGCUGUGUGUGGCGAAGGCGAGUACGAAGUAAAUAAAUAUAGAUAGUUUUAAAUAGCAGGACUAUGAGGAACACGGGAUGCGAUGCGGCCAGUAGCACUUCACCAAAUUCAUUGUGGAAUGGAGCAUAAUUUACGGCUCAACUUUCGUUCGGGCGUUGAAUUCGGUUCGGCUGGCGUUUAGUUCCUCGAGUCUCCCCAUCCUCGCUUACUAGUGCUUUCUGCCCAGCGCUUACCCUCCCCAUUCAACCGUCAACUAUCCAGAUAGUCUCUUGGUUGCC